UUGGAAGCGUCAAAACAAUUGCUGAGCUCCGAGCGAGAGCGUGAGCGAGGAAGGAAAGAAGCGGAACAGUUUGUACAAUGAACACCUAAAAGCGAGCUUCUCCUUUAAUGUGGUAGACUAAUUCAGCUGAUGUCUAUCAGAACCCCAGAUCCCUACUAACAGACGCUUCUACAUGCACUGUGAAGAUUCCAGGACGUCUUGGGUUGAAGUGAGGUCCAAGAGCACACUUGUGUCUCGUCAACGUUUACAUUUGGCGUAUUCUUUUGAAAACACCGGCAACAAAAUAGACGAACUCUGACAUUCAGCACCUAAGGCGCGGACAGCUCCUUUUGCGGGCGCCAGCGCGCAAGCUCCAACUACAGACACUUCUGAAUCAGCUGAAACGUUAUGUUUGUUGUUACAGAACUCUCUGUUCAUUUGAGCACUCCCGAUGUCUGAACAACUGUACCUCUACUGCAAGCUCUAAAGAAGUCUGAAAUUGAUUGUAGGAGAAAUCAGAAAUUUACUUUAUUCUCAAUAUGUACCAGGGGCAUAUGCAGGGGAAAGACUCUAGGGCGGCAGAUAAGACUGUUGCCAUGGUCCUGAAGGAGAUACCAAGUAAGGCGUCAUCAGAAGGGAUACCCCUCCUCACAGUGACAACCAAGCUGGUGAGUGAGCAACAAGAGAGCCGCCCCCUGCUGAGUCCCUCCAUCGACGACUUCCUCUGCGAGACCAAGUGCGAUGGAGCCGCCCGCCCAGUGACUUCCAACACGGCAGUUCUGACAUCGUCACUGGACCUUCUAGACCUCAGUGAACCAGGUGAGAGGAGAAACAGCAAGGACAAAAGGAGCCCGCUGUCGUCAUGCGAGGGCGGCCAGAGGAGCACCCCGCACAGGAGGAAGAUAGACGAGACCGAACUGAUCCAGGUGGACGUGGAACAGACAGCACCCAGCUCACGCACUCCAGAGAGAGCGUCACUCGACUCGGUCAACGUUGCUUCUCCUCUGGACAAAUGGGAGGAGUUGAACCCCAACUCUGAGAGGAACGGCAACCGCAAGUGGAAAUUGGAAAGACGACGUUCGUCCAAAAACUCCUCGAGUGAAUUUCUGUGGUCUAUAGACUGUAAAACACAAUCAGAGUCAUCAACUAAAUCCUCCUUAGAAGCGAAUGCCAAAUCCGAUCCAGAAUCUGCCCUGGCAACUCAACUCAACAGGCAGUAUAUUAGUGGAAGACAUGGCCGCUUGACUAAGGAGCCGAAGUGGGGCGGUGCCCUCUUAUCCAGGAACCAGUCCCUGGAGGAAGAGUUUGAACGUGCCAAAGCAGCUGUAGAAUCAGAUACAGAGUUCUGGGACAAGAUGCAGGCAGAAUGGGAGGAGCUGGCGCGGCGGAACUGGCUGACGGAGAACGAGCAGGCCCAGAUGCCCUCCAGCGUGUCGCCCCAUGAGAAGGGUUACUACUUUCACACGGAUAACCCUUACAAGGACUGGCCCGGCCCGUUUCAGGAGGGGCUUAGGAAGGCCAGAGAGGGGGAUCUGCCCAAUGCUGUGCUUCUACUGGAGGCGGCCAUACUGCACGACCCCCAGGAUUCAGAGGCUUGGCAAGUGCUGGGGACCACCCAGGCGGAGAACGAGAAUGAGCAGGCGGCGAUUGUCUCCCUCCAGAGGUGUCUUGAGCUCCACCCCAACAACCUCCCGGCCCUGAUGGCCCUGGCGGUGAGCCUGACCAACACGGGCAUGCGCCAGGAUGCCUGCGAGGCCCUGCUCCGUUGGCUCCAGCACAACCCCAAGUACAAGCACAUCCUGAAGGGCAAAGGCCUGGCUGGCUCGCCAGGCGCCCAACGUAGGAUGUCUCGCGUCUCAACCGUGGGCAGGUAUGAAAGCUCCCUGCUACCAGAGGUGAAGGAGGUGUUCCUGGAGGCGGCCCAGCACAACUCGGAUAGCAUCGACCCGGACCUGCAGACGGGCCUGGGGGUUCUCUACAACCUCAGUGCAGAGUUCAACAAAGCUGUGGAGGCCUUCAACGCCGCGCUGUCGGUACGGCCAGAGGACUACCUGCUGUGGAACCGCCUGGGGGCGACGCUGGCUAACGGAGACCGGAGCGAAGAGGCGGUGGAGGCCUACACCCGGGCCCUGGAGCUCCAGCCGGGGUUCAUCAGGUCGCGCUACAACCUGGGCAUCAGCUGCAUCAACCUGGGGGCACACAGGGAGGCAGCCAGCAACUUCCUGACGGCCCUCAGCCUGCAGAGGAAGAGCAGGAGUCGGCAGCUCUCCCACCAGGUGAUGUCUGGGAACAUCUGGGCCGCCCUGAGGAUCGCCCUCUCCAUGAUGGACCAGCCGGAGCUCUUCCAGGCGGCCAACAUCGGAGACCUGGACCUCCUCAUGAAAGCCUUCAACCUUGACAUGUGAAGGCGUCGGUCCUUGACCAUGCUCUUGGACUCCCCCCCCCCCCCCCCCCAUCCACAGCCAAUAAUCCAAAGUGUACAGAUCUGAACGAGC